CCCCCAACGAUGUUAUUUUCGUUAAAUUACCAUGCAGCGUCACAUUUCUAUUUUAUUAACGAAAUUAUUCUUUCAACAUAGUAUUAAGCAGUGGACGCUUUAUUACGUGUACCAACCGAGUUAAGGCAUUCUUUAAAAAAUGACCUCUUCUGCACUGACCACUUAUCACAACAGCAGUCCGUCUCACCAGACCUGGGAUAGUGCUCUAGCGGAUGUACUUAGUGUUCUGAGAAUACAAUACAGAAACGAUGAUGACGUAAUGCUGUUCCUGACCGAACCAGACAAAUUGAAACAGCUGCAGUAUAGCACUGCAGCCAAAAUGGAAUGGAACAGAAGAGUAAUCAAAGAGGAAAUGGAUUCAGGAAUUCACAGUCCACCGAGAUCUCGAAGAAUAGCAAAGGAGGUGGCAAUUGAUUAUAUUAGACGUUAUCUAGAUGGCGAAGAAGAGCGGAUGGAUCUUGUGAGAAAAAUACAAGUGGUUACUUCGGAGAGAAAUGCUGCUAUGGAAUCGGUUAUUGAGCUUGAACGAGAGAUGAAACGAUUAAAAGAUGAGAGUGUAGCAAGUAAUUGUGAAAACGACAACCUUAAAGGAGAUAUUGAAAAACUUCGUACAGAUGUGGCUGCAUUCAGGACUGACAAUCAAGAAUUUCGAACGGAAAACUUAAAAACAAAAGAAGAAAAUGAGCACCUAAGAGGAGAAAAUACAAAGUUAAGAGACGAAAACAAAAAACUGAGACUGGAAAAUCAAGACCUUAGGAAUGAGAAUGGAGCGCUAAGAUCUGAAAACCAAAAGGUUCGGGGUGAUAAUGUUAAGCUGCGUGACGAAACUGGUGAUAUGAGAAGUGAGAACAUGAAGUUGCGAAAUGAAAACCAAGCUGUAAGAGACGAAAACCAGGAAGUGCGUUGCGAGAAUCUGAAAGUUCGAGACAACAACCUUUCGUUGAGAGGAGAAAACGAUCGCUUUAGAUCUGUAAAUGAAGCUCUACUGUCCGAAAACAAAAGAUACACACGUGACACGUUGGAACUAAAUGCCCGAGAGGAUGAAAUGCGCAUGUUGGUAAAUGUCAUGCAAAGUUUGUUGGCUGGGAAGGGUGAAAUGCGUAGCGAGAGCAUCCGUGUGGAUGAGCAGGCAGAGGAAGAGGAUAUUUGAUUUAAAUAAACUUAAAAUAGUUUUGCCAAAAUAUACAUUUUACUAAACUAACCCUUUUAAAUACUGUAAUCCCAUACUCAACACCGGCCUUCAACAGUUGUUAUUUAGCAAGAACUACCUCGUUAAGAGAAAUUGAAAACUAUGCUUUGAUCACGUACAAAGAUACCUGUUUUGUUGUUGGUCAGUGUAAAACAUGAUGGUAUUUUUGAAAUAAAAUCGUUGUAUAUAUGAACGUAUCAUA